AUGCUCUCCGACUCUGACACAGAAGAUAUCCAAACCCUCACUAUCAAUGAGCACUAUGCAAAAGCCUUCGAAUACAGAAAGGAGCGGGAGGAGCUCACGAAAUUAAAAGAAAAAUACGGGUCAGACUUUGAAGAGGGCUCGGACGAGGAGACAGACUCCGAGGAUGCAGAAUCUGAAGAUGAGGAUGGGGAGGAACUCACGCCCGCAGUGGAUGCAGCCAUUCUGAGGACGCUAGCAAGGAUCAAGAAAAAGGAUCCGGCUAUCUACAAUGCGGAGCACACCAUAUUUGAAGAGGAGCAGGAGCGCACCGCCGUUCGUGCUCCUCAGGUGCAAGAGCGAAAACCCAAGGAUAAAUCGAAACCUCUUACUUUCCGACAAGCAGCUCUUGCAUCCGCUCUCGAAGCCAACACCUCUCGUUCCCCCACUCCAGAACCACAGAUACCUACGCACACCGAGGAGCAGCGUCAGCUACGUGAUGAAACCCGUGCCGCAUUCCAUACUGCUGUUGAUGAAAGCGACGACGACGGUUUGCUUAUCCCGCGAGAGAAAACAAAGGACGAGCUUGAGCAUGAAGAAGAGAAAUAUCGAGAAUACCUCAAGCAUGCGGUUGGCGAGGAUCUGGAAGGUCUCAUAGAGGUCGAGAAUUCGGGGACAGGUGCAGAGGCUGAGGGCAGUGAAGAAGGCGCGAGUAAAAAAAAGAAUAGCAAGAGGAAGAAAAAAGGUAACGAGGCGAAGGGCAUGUCCAAACAAGAGGUUGAUCAGGAGUUCCUCGUGAACUAUAUCCUUAAUCGUGGAUGGAUCGACAAAUCAAAAAAACGACUACCUACAUACAAGGAUAUCGCGGACGUAAAACAGGAAGAGCCCACCAUGGAAGAUGACGACGAAUUCGAGGAGAUCGCCGACGUUUUCGAGACUUCAUACAACUUCCGUUUCGAAGAACCGGAUGCAGCUACUAUCAAGUCCUUCCCACGAAAUAUCGUUUCUACAGUGCGCCGAGUUGACACGACUCGCAAAGAGGGCCGUGAGCGAAAGAAGCAGCGCCAGGAACAAGAGCUCGAGAAAAAGCAUGAGGAGGUGAAAAGGUUGAAAGCCCUUAAAAUGAAGGAAAUCCGCCGAAAACUCGAGUGUAUCGGGCGUGAAGGCGGCGUCAAUAUCGGUUCCGAUGCUGAAGCCUUCAAGGAGUUCGACUUCGAUGCGGACUGGGACCCCGAAGCACAUGACACGCAAAUGGCGGGGCUCUACCACGAUGUCAACGACUCUGAUGUUGACGUUGAUCAAGAAAAGCCCGUCUGGGACGAUGAGGUCGAUAUCGAUGAUAUCAUACCACCUUCUCACCCCGCCGAAUCCUCUUCGUCUUCAAACAAGAAGAAGAAAAAGAAGAAGAAAAAGAAAAAUGACGAGGUCGACGACGAAGGAGUGGAUAUCGACGCCAUGGAUGCAGACGUCGUGCGCGAGUACGACGAAGAGGAAUGGGAUGGCACUGAGGAGAUGAGGAAGCGCAAGCUUGAUGAAUACAUGGACGAAGUCUACGGGCUUGAAUUCAACGACAUGGUCGCAGGAAUGCCUACGCGUUUCAAAUAUACUACGGCUGCACCGCAGACAUUCGCGCUCACCCCUUCCGAGAUCCUCAUGGCCACAGAUAAGGAACUUAAUCAAUACGUGAGCGUGAAGCGCUAUGCACCGUACCGCGCAGAGAAGUGGGAUCAUAACCGUGGAGAGCGCCUCGCGGAGUUCAGGGAGAAAUUGAAGGAACGGGCAGGGACUACUAGAACGAGCCACAGGAGCGAGGAUCCGACGCCGAAAAAACGGCUGGGUAAGAAGGAGCGACAGAAAAUGAAAGCGGCUUCAGGCGCAGGCAUCUAG